GGGAUUUGGCCCGAGUCUUGCUCAAUCAAUUCCUCGGAGGGCCGCUUUCACCGGGCUCUCGUUGGCGGCUCUGGAACUCUGGAGUGGCUGGCUGGCUGGACUGGCUGGAGUCGCGCGCCCGCCAUUUCCAGAUGUCGCGAGCGCUCAAGGCCGCGGCGCAUCCUUGCCUUCGCGGAAUCGUCGUCCGGACGUGCGGAUCAUGAAUUAAAUCGCGUCUCUCGACCAGUGGCGGAAGGCGCAGUUUCCCCCGAAAGUGAACGCGAGGAGACGCGGACGAAAGAAGGGUUAUGCCGCGGCCGUCCGUCCGUUUUCCAGUCCGACGGGCCGCAGUGGCGUAGUGCGCAAAGUGUCUCGCUUGUUGCACAGUUGCCAAGGCGACUAAACGUGCGUGCGUGCGUGCCUGCGUACGUCUGUGCGUGUGUGCGGCACCGCGUACCUGCGAGUACGCGGUGUAUUAUGAUAAGAGACCGAUCGCCGUCGUUAUCGAGACGCAAUUCUCGUGUCACCUUCACGUCGCCGACGACGACGACGACGCCGCCGCCGUUUCGAUGCCCCGCAGCGACGUAGUCUAAACAGAGUCGCCGCGCAUCAUGGACUACCCGGUGUUGGGCCACUACGACCCCACAGUAGAGGCCACGGACCACGGUGGAGGAGCGGUCGAAGAGGAGCAGCAAGAGCUGCUCUGGGAGAUUCCAGGGGAGGAAUGUAAUUAUGUCGUACCUGGGGAUGAGUAUGUACCUGCGACGGAGCAGUUUGGAGAGGACUUUGCCGGGGCCGAGUUUCACGAAACUAGAACAUUGCUCGCCGAUGGCGGAGAUAGAUUUGGAGUUUCCACUGCCACUUUCGAUACGGUCGAGGAGCUUAUGUGGAUGGGGAAUCAAGGAGGUCACGUAACAUCCUACUAUGGACCCGGUUUACAAAAGUAUACCUCUUUUCAAGUCCAUGCAACGCAGGAGAUACGUCACAUUCAUACCGUAGAUGAGGGUAUCUUAGUGUUGACUCAGAGUCAGUUGAGAUGUCAAUUGCGGAGAGGCAUACCUAUAUUUACCCACACAUCGGUGAAUAUGAACGACAUGCAGUGUAUGUUGCAAAUCUCUCCAAAUCGACUACUUAUGGGCGGACAUCAGGAUAAAAUAAUUGAUUUUAAUCUUACCAGAGGAAAGGAGACUGGAUUAGUGGAUGUAGAUGAGAAUGGUUGUGCGAUAUUGAGACAACACAGUAGACUUAUCUGCGCUGGUAAUCCUGUGGGAAGGAUAGAUCUCAGGGACCCAAAUACGUUAUCGGUAGAACAUACUUUGGACACGCAUAGUGGUUCUUUAAGUGAUUUCGAUGUUCAAGGAAACUAUCUUGUUACAUGUGGAUUCAGCAACAGUCGGCAGGGUCUUACCGUCGAUCGAUUUUUAAUGGCCUACGAUCUGAGACAAAUGAGAGCAUUAAGUCCAGUCACGACUAUGGUAUAUCCUCUUUUAUUGAAGUUCCUACCAAGUUAUUCCAGUCGUCUCGCAGUGGUAUCGCCACUAGGACAGAUGCAACUACUUGAUACAAUAUAUGCUAAUGUACAACCGUCAAUGACGUGUUUAUAUCAGGUUGCUACUGGCGGAGCGGCGAUAUUGUCAUUUGAUGUAGCUUCCACAUCUCAGUGUCUUUGCUUUGGAGACUUGGCAGGCUCUAUACAUUUAAUGUCCACUAACAACCCGGAGCCUCAAUUUAAUACAUUUUCUAGGCCUACGGAGUUCGCCGAUCCAAUUGAGACAAUACCAUCAAUUCCUUUUGACGACGAUGUUACACCGUAUAGUACUAUACCGAUGGUAUAUUCAGAUCAACCACUGCUAAGUGAUUGGCCUGAAGAAUACUUGAAAAAAAUUUAUAGGAAAACACCACCAAUAGAUCCCGAAAUCUUGCGCACAAUGAAAAUGCAGGGAACAAUUGGAUACGCGCCAAAUCCUCAGGCUUUUCGCAGAAAUCAAAUACCGUACAAUCUGGAAAAACGAUGGGGUUUAGUCGCGAAGCCUUUCGCGGGGGACUCACGGUCUAAAACAGAUGACGGCACCUUUGUAGCCAUACCUAAGCGUUAUCGUAAAAUCGAGUUGAAAUACUCACGGCUUGGUUACGAUGAUUUCGAUUUUGAUCAGUACAAUCGAACCAGUUUUUGCGGCCUGGAGGCUACACUUCCCAACAGUUAUUGCAAUGCUAUGUUGCAGUUGCUUUACUAUUGCGAACCCGUAAGGGUAGCAAUGCUCUCACAUUCGUGCCAACGAGAGUUCUGUCUUUCUUGCGAAUUGGGAUUCUUGUUUCACAUGCUGGAUACGUCACGAGGAUUUCCCUGCCAAGCUGCGAAUUUCCUUAGGGCUUUUAGGACUGUACGGGAAGCGUCAGCUUUAGGACUUAUAUUGAACGACCCAGAAUCCAAGAAAAAGAUCAAUCUGAUUGUGCUCAUACAAAGCUGGAAUAGAUUCAUUUUACAUCAAAUACAUUACGAGAUAGUGGAAACUAGGAAGCGACAGAAGGAAGAAGAGGCAGCGCGACUUAAGUCGGGUUCCAAAUACCCCCCAUUUGUUUAUAACGAACAGGACUUCCCUAGCAUUCUUGAGGAUCUCGGUUCUCGAUAUAGAAGCCACGACGACGAGAGGAAAAAAAAGAGAAAGGAGGAGGAUGGUAAAUAUAUGUGGAUCACAUCGAAAGACAAGACCACCAAAAAAUCCGCCGAGGAGAAUGAAGUGCGAGAUGACGAAUCAGAGAUCAGUCGUCUAUUUGGAUCUGAACAAAUGCACAUACAUCGCUGUCUCAAAUGUGGGCAAGAAGCUACAAAACAUUCCAUCAUGUUACUUUGUAACUUGAUUUAUCCGGAAAUAGUUAAUCCUUCUGAAGAGGUACCGUUCACAAAUGUUCUUGCCCGCAGUUUAAAACCUGAGAUAGUUACACCCGCAUGGUGUGAAAAUUGCCAUAGAUAUCCAUCUACUCUUCAGUCUCGACAAUUGACUACACUACCUCAAAUACUGGCUUUAAACUGCGGCUUAGAUACUCAACAGGAUAAGGCAUUUUGGCAAAAUCAAAUGGACAUCGUGGUGCAAAACGUGUUGACGGGGAAGGAGAGCAGUCCCAACUCCAGUCCUGUGCCCGUCACCGCGAAGCUCUGUCGUUAUGGCAAUAACUGCACGAGAACUGGAUGUCGAUUCAGGCACAUUGGCCGCGACUCAGAGACAGAAAAAUUAUUAAAUACGUCGUCCUCCACUCCAUCUACCUCGUCGACGGCGCCCGUUACAUCGCCUCCUAGUCAUUUGUAUUAUUUGCACUCCUGGAUACCUCACAACAUAGAGAUCUCCCUCAAAGAAAACGGGGAGAUGUCGGUUAAAAAAAUCAGCGAACCAAAAACCGAAUCGAAUAACGAUACAUCCGUACAGACGAGCGUGAUGGAGAACGGCCAAGAUGACAAAACGGUAAAAGUAAUUUCCAAGAAUGCCGGCGACAACGGUGAGGAAAAUGUUGAAAAUUGUAGUAUAGUGUCGAACGUGGAAGACAGCGAAGCCGUGAAAAGUACAAAUCCGGAAAUCACUUGUAAUCCUCAAACGAUACAGUACGGUCUCAGUGCUGUCGUCUGUUACAUCGACGAUAAGAAUAACGAGGAGCGAAGGAACAUUGUAGCGCUGCUAAAAGUGGGACCAAAUUAUCACAAACGAUCGGGAGGCAACGCCGUAUCGCAAUGGUACAUUUUCAACGACUUCUGUAUACAACCAGUGACACCGCAGGAAGCGGUAUGGUUUAAUCUCGAUUGGAAAGUUCCAUGUGUGCUUCAUUAUACAGCGAUACCUGCACCCGAACCGACACAAUUUGUCAGCCCUCUUACAUACGACGUAUUCGGGGAAGAUAAAUGUAUUGCUCGCAGUGGUGGAACUAAAGUCAUUACAUUUACUCCCCUGUCGUCAGACGAAAUGCCUAAGAAAGGAGAGUUGGUAGGGAUCGAUGCAGAAUUCGUUACUUUAAAUCAGGAAGAAUCUGAGCUACGGAGCGAUGGAAAGAUGUCAACUAUAAAACCGAGCCAUAUGUCGGUCGCGCGAAUCACCUGUAUACGCGGGCAAGGUCCAUUAGAAGGUAAGGCGUUUAUAGACGAUUAUAUAAGCACUCAGGAACAAGUAGUCGAUUAUCUGACAAAAUUCAGCGGGAUCCAGCCGGGUGACUUAGACGCGAACUUUAGUAGCAAACAUCUCACAACGCUGAAAUCGACGUAUCAAAAAUUGAGGUUCUUAGUGGACAACGGCAUAAUCUUCGUCGGGCACGGCCUGAAAAACGAUUUUAGGGUAAUAAAUUUGGUGGUGCCGCCGGAGCAAAUAAUAGAUACAGUUUUGUUAUUCCACUUACCUCAUCAUCGUAUGGUAUCAUUGCGCUUCUUGACCUGGCAUUUUUUGGGUAAAAACAUUCAGUCUGAAACUCACGAUUCGGCCGAGGACGCACGUGCAGCCUUAGAAUUGUAUCGCAAGUACAAAGAACUAGAAAGCUCUGGCACGUUGACAGAAGCGCUGAAGGAACUCUACGAAGUGGGCACCCAAUUACAGUGGAAAGUCCCUGAUAGCUGAUAUGAGGAUAAUAUAUAUAACGAUAUAGAUGAUGAAAUCAAUAGUGAUAAUAACGAUUAGAUGAUAUGAAUGUUCAUGUGUCCAUUAUCUGACAUCAUUGUUCAAAAGCUACUCGGCGAACGCUAUUCACAUUCGUCGAUAAAAAUGUCGAUGUUUAAUCUAAUGUUAAAGAUAGGUUCGUCAUUACAUACUCGUCAUUCACAGAGAACAGAUUUAUUCAACGCACACGUAAUAUUAUUAGACGAUGGAAUUUUUCGGGGAUCUCACAUCGCAGCAUCAUGAAAUUGAAAAAAGAAUUGCAAAAUUUAUAGACAUUAAUAUUCAUUUAGACGUUGUUUUCGCUCAUGCGUUAGAUCAUUGUUGCAUUCGUAUAUCGAAAAUACAUGGUAUACAUAUUUAAUGGUAAUACGCGAAAUUACACAUUUUUGUCACUAUCUUGUCGACCGCAUAUAGCCCGUUAAAAGGAUUAAAUGAGAAACUUGUUGAUCGUGAUUUUAAAUAGAAAUUAAGCAUAAUGCAAAAUUUGUACAUAUUGUCUGACAACAUUAUGGCGUUUUGAGGAGCAGUAACGAUCUCGCACUGCCCGAUAGAAUAUUCGCUCUAAUUUCCUAUCAUUCAUAUUGUAUCCCAAAGGUAAUUCAUAUUCCAUCUCACUCCAUCAAACAAUUGCCGAAUAUAGACGUAAAUAGUUGUAGCACAAUAGCAAUAAUCGAAUUAUGUAUUUUUAAGUACAUGAUAUCUCACUACUUUAUUUUAUAUACGUAUUUUUUUUAGUGCAACUUUUGUACGAUUUUACGAAGACGAAUUUUAUAUGCAGAUCUUUUUAUAAAAGAUUUCAUGGAUUUUAAUUUCCUCGAUCACACACAAUCGCCUUCACACAUUUGUGCAAAUACCAAUCACAUUUGCGGUCAUCUGUAACUGUUAUUCAUUGCCAUUUUUCGAAACUGAUCCAUUUGCGUGAGAAGCUCUCAAAACGCGGAAAAAAUCUAUUAACGAAAAUAUAAUAGCAAAUUUUACACACUGACAACUGUAUGCAUUAUAAAUUAUUUUUAUAUACAUUUUACCAAUGAAAGAAUAUGAAGA